CUGCGCGGUCGCAAUAUGCCUCAACUUGUCCCCUCCCCCGCCGACUGCCUGGCUUGAGAUGAGUGGAAGAUGUCGGUUUCGGGUCUGAAGGCCGAAUUGAAGUUUUUGGAGUCAAUUUUUGACCCAAACCACGAACGUUUCAGAAUUAUCGAUUGGAAGCCCGAUGAGCUUAGUUGUCAGUUUAAUGUAACCGGUGAAAAACUCCUGAUUAUACAUUGCAACAUCACGGAGUCAUACCCUUCUAUACCUCCAAUCUGGUUUGUUGACUCUGAUGACCCAAGUCUGACAGAGGUGUUGGAGCGCCUGGAAGAUGUCAGAAAGGGCACCUCUCUGCUCCUACAGCAGCUAAAGCGUCUCAUCUGUGACCUGUGUCGGCUGUACAACCUGCCACAGCACCCAGAUGUUGAGAUGCUAGAUCAGCCACUCCCUGCUGGGCCCAUUAACCAAGAGCGCAAGCAUGGACCAGCAGAUGAAGUGACAUCCGAGGAGGAGGAUGAAGAAGAAAUGGGCGAGCAGGACAUUGAAGACCUGGACCACUAUGAGAUGAAGGAAGAGGAGCCAGUGGACGGGAAGAAGUCAGAGGACGACGGAAUAGAGAAGGAGAAUCUGGCCAUCCUUGAGAAGAUCCGUAAGAACCAGAGGCAGGACCACUUGAACGUAAGUGCUCAUUCGGGUGCCGUCUCUGGUUCCGUUCAGGCCUCCGAUCGUCUCAUGAAGGAACUCAGGGAGAUCUACAGAUCACAGAGUUACAAGACAGGUAUUUAUUCAGUGGAGCUAGUCAAUGACAGCCUUUAUGAAUGGCACGUCAAAAUAAGAACGGUAGACCCAGAUAGUCCACUACAUAGUGACUUGCAAGUUAUGAAGGAGAAGGAAGGGGUGGACUACAUUCUGCUCAGUUUCUCAUAUAAAGAUAACUUUCCCUUUGACCCACCGUUCGUACGGGUCGUCUCUCCUGUGCUGUCUGGCGGUUACGUUCUUGGCGGAGGUGCCCUGUGUAUGGAACUUCUCACAAAACAGGGCUGGAGCAGUGCCUAUUCCAUAGAGUCUGUGAUCAUGCAGAUCAAUGCCACUUUAGUCAAAGGAAAAGCCAGAGUGCAGUUUGGAGCCAAUAAGAACCAGUACAAUCUUGCCAGAGCACAACAGUCAUACAAAUCCCUGGUCCAGAUUCACGAAAAGAAUGGCUGGUACACACCUCCUAAAGAAGACGGCUAAAGAAGUCACUCCUCGUACUCACUGGGAACAGAAUGGCGUCUUUGGGUCAAAAACUUUCUUUUGUUUAGUUUUUUUUGGGGGGGGGGUGGAGUUUUUUUUCUCCCUUCUGACAUAUCAGGAGUAAGUAAAUCAUCUUUCUCCUGGAAACCAACUGACAAAAUUCUUCCAUCUCGCCUGGCGUCGUCGGCUCAGUUGACCAGUAUCUCUCCUCUCUGCCUGGUCCAACAAUAGGCUAGACUUCCUACUCCCCGUCCCCCGUCCCCCGUCGCUCUCACGUCACUCCACUUCCUCUGAGGGGCGUGUUUGUGGAGGCUGAGGGCAUCGUGCGCAUCUUUAAAAAAAGGUUAUUGUUUUCCCUUUUUUCUUCUUCUGUACAUACGCUGGUGUGACAACGUGGACUUGACAUAAAAUCACCAUCUGUUUCUCCUGGGAGAGAGAGAGAACACUGAUGUUCUGACAAGACGAGAGCUAGUUGGUUUGUUCGUAGCCAUGUCCUUCUUUGUUUUUAGUGUGACUCUGUCAGCUCUUACCUUACAGCCGCGGCAUGGUCAGUGGGAUUUAACUGAAAGCUCUGUGGUGACCGUUUGAAUUUAAAGCGAAGAAGACGAUGAUGAUGAUGAUGAUGUUUCAGUGAUGUCAUCUUUCGUGUCACUGCUCCUUAUUCCUCCUCACUUUGUGUAAUAUUUACUGGUACAAAUUGCAGGCAUUGUUAAAAUAUUAUACGCUUAAAAUUGUAAUUGUACUUGCUGGCUUGUUUAAUGUCCCAUGAGCCAGAUUGGUGACAAAAUGGUGUGUGACUAGGAUGCAGGAGGGGCUUUAAACUGAGUCUGAGGUUCUGUCCUAAAUGAAAUCCAAUUCCCUACACACUACACUACUUUUGACCGGGGCCCUAUGGGAAUACAAACGUAGGAUGUUGACAAAGCUCUUAGAAUAAAGCAAAGCAUCUCUGCUGUGGGUUUCAGAUAAAUGGAUGGUCAAAAGCAGUAAACUAUGUAGACCAGGGCAGCCCCAACCCUCUUCCUGGAGAUCUACUGUCCUGUAGGUUUUCAGUCCAACCCUCUUCCUGGAGAUCUACUGUCCUGUAGGUUUACAGUCCAACCCUCUUCCUGGAGAUCUACUGUCCUGUAGGUUUACAGUCCAACCCUCUUCCUGGAGAUCUACUGUCCUGUAGGUUUUCAGUCCAACCCUCUUCCUGGAGAUCUUUUGUCCUGUAGGUUUUCAGUCCAACCCUCUUCCUGGAGAUCUUUUGUCCUGUAGGUUUUCAGUCCAACCCUCUUCCUGGAGAUCUUUUGUACUGUUGGUUUUCAGUCCAACCCUAAUUUAGAAUAUCUGAUUCAGCUAGUUAAGGUCUUGUUGAGCAGCUAAUUAGUAGAAUCAGGUGUGUUUAUUUAGGGUUGGACAGUAGAUCUCCAGGAAGAGGGUUGGACUGUAAACCUACAGGACAGUAGAUCUCCAGGAAGAGGGUUGGACUGAAAACCUACAGGACAGUAGAUCUCCAGGAAGAGGGUUGGACUGUAAACCUACAGGACAGUAGAUCUCCAGGAAGAGGGUUGGACUGUAAACCCACAGGACAGUAGAUCUCCAGGAAGAGGGUUGGACUGUAAACCCACAGGGCAGUAGAUCUCCAGGAAGAGGGUUGGGAAGUCCUGAUAUAGGGUACCAUCUUCUUGCUGUCCUGUAGCAUACAGCUUUUGAUCCUCAUUCACCCACACCCAGUCUGAAUAUUAUUCAUGUACUAUAGUUGAACUGGGCUCCACCUGUCAUUUUGUAAAUCCAUGUACCUGUCUUAAAUAUACCAUUGGGGGGGGACAGAACAAGUGUGCUUACCGGCCACAGACUGAUGUCUCAGAAUGCAGGAGGAUGUCUCUGGUGUGAGGCCAGAAGGUUUUGUGUCUAUCCCAAACGGCACCCUAUUCCCAACAUAGUGCACUACUUUUUGACAAGAGCUCUAUUGGUCCCUGGUCUAAAAUAUUGCAGUAUCUUGGGAAUGGGGAGCCAUUUUGGAUCUGGGUGUUGUGUCUGACAUGGCACCGUAUUCUCUUCAUAGUCCACUAUAUAGGGAAUGGGGUGCCAUUUUGGAUCUAGGCGUUGUGUCUGACAUGGCACCGUAUUCUCUUCAUAGUCCACUAUAUAGGGAAUGGGGUGCCAUUUUGGAUCUAGGCGUUGUCUGACAUGGCACCGUAUUCUCUUCAUAGUCCACUAUAUAGGGAAUGGGGUGCCAUUUUGGAUCUGGGUGUUGUAUAAGCAUUAUGACCCUCUUGUUUUAUUCUAAGGAAUGCAAACUAAGAUAGUUUUGUUCCUCCCAGCUGACACUUGAGGUUAAUAUACCUUCUCUUUCUCCUCAACAACGCGCUGUUCUUCGACUUGCACCGUUAAAGGUAUAGCCAUCUGAAGUUAGCAUUAGCAGAGCUAACAUAGCCCUGUAGCGAGUGGUUAGCGCCAUGCUAACAUUAAGAGGCCUUUAUGAGUAGGUAACUAUCUGAUGUUUUUAUUUGGUGGUUGGUGGGUUUGCUCAUGACAUGACGACCACUGUUGUACUGCAUUUAAAGACGCCGACGGCCUUUGUUCCAGAUCUGUUUUUGUACGGUCUUUCCAAAAUGUCACAGGACUUGACAAGACCGCACAAACAUCGGACCAAACCAGGCUAGAAGCGUAGUAGACGAGGCUUCUGUGGCACAACACACAUGAGACGUAGAGGGAUGAAAGAUGUUGUGGCUAUGCACCGUUCACUCUAUCCAUUCCUGUACCAAACUUGUAAAGCUGUGAUUUUUUAUUUUACCUCUCCCUCAGACACCCUCCAUCAGUUACGUUAUUAGUCAGUAGUCAGUUUUUCUAUAGUCAGCUUUCAUUGGAGGUUGAAGCAUUUGUGAGACUUACACAAUUGUAUGUUUUCAUAAUAGUAUUCCUAUUAUUACAGGACAGAGUUUUCAUUGGGCUGUAGCAAGGCUGGCCAACCCUCUGCCUGGAGAUCUUCUGUCCUGUUGGUUUUCAGUCUCACCAUAAUUUAGCGUAUCUGAUUCAUCUAGUUAUGAUCUUGUUGAGCAGCUAAUUAGUAGAAUCAGAUGUGUUAAAUUAGGGUUGACCUGAAAACCCACAGGACGAUAGAUCUCCAGGAAGAGGGUUGGACUGAAAACCCACAGGACGAUAGAUCUCCAUGAAGAGGGUUGGACUGAAAACCCACAGGACGAUAGAUCUCCAGGAAGAGGGUUGGACUGAAAACCCACAGGAAGUUAUAUCUCCAGGAAGAGGGUUGGACUGAAAACCCACAGGACGGUAGAUCUCCAGGAAGAGGGUUGGACUGUAAACCCACAGGACGGUAGAUCUCCAGGAAGAGGGUUGGACUGAAAACCCACAGGACGGUAGAUCUCCAGGAAGAGGGUUGGACUGAAAACCCACAGGAAGUUAUAUCUCCAGGAAGAGGGUUGGACUGAAAACCCGCAGGACGAUAGAUCUCCAGGGAGAGGGUUGGACUGAAAACCCACAGGACGAUAGAUCUCCAGGAAGAGGGUUGGACUGAAAACCCGCAGGACGAUAGAUCUCCAGGAAGAGGGUUGGGCAGCCCUGGUCUAUAGUAUACAACCUUUCAUUGGGUGAUAUAUUCUAAAUUCUAUAGCUACCUAAGUUGAAACACAGUUGACUAUUUGUAGGGGGAUUUUCCUUGUCCUGGUAAAUUAAAUACAUCUUAGGUAUGUCCCAGAUGACACCCUCUUUCCUUAUAUAGUGAACUACUUUCUUUAGUAGGGCUUAGGUCAAACAAAAGUAGUUCACUAUGUGAGGAAUAAGCUGCUGUUUGGGACGUAGAAUACCAGGCUUGGUUGAACAUAUAAACAGUGUAUGUUGAGGCUCUGUGUUUUUCACCUUGUAUACCAAGAAUGUUUGGCUAAAUAUCUUUUUUUAUUUUUUUUAUGUGUACUAAUAAGAAGGAUUACUGUAUUAUACUGUGUAAGUAUAAAUUGCUCUUAUGAACUGAUGCGAUAAGUUUUGGAAUGCCGUUACUUACCCCCCCUUUUUUUUUUUUUCUUUAGUGUUUUCUCGUGUAACACAUCUGCAGUGCUACUAUAAGAUGUCUCCCAAAUGGCACCCUAUGGAGUGCACUUCUUUUGAUUAGGGCCAAUAGGGAAUAGGGUGCACUACUUUUGACCAGGGCCAAUAGGGAAUAGGGUGCACUACUUUUGACCAGGGCCAAUAGGGAAUAGGGUGCACUACUUUUGACCAGGGCCAAUAGGGUAUAUGGUGCACUUCUUUUGAUUAGGGAAUAGGGUGCACUACUUUUGAUCAGGGCCAAUAGGGAAUAGGGUGCACUACUUUUGACCAGGGCCAAUAGGGAAUAGGGUGCACUACUUUUGACCAGGGCCAAUAGGGAAUAGGGUGCACUACUUUUGACCAGGGCCAAUAGGGUAUAUGGUGCACUUCUUUUGAUUAGGGAAUAGGGUGCACUACUUUUGAUCAGGGCCAAUAGGGAAUAGGGUGCACUACUUUUGACCAGGGCCAAUAGGGAAUAGGGUGCACUACUUUUGACCAGGGCCAAUAGGGAAUAGGGUGCCAUUUGGGAUGUGCUCUGUGUUUUAUCCUGUGGGGUGUCUCACCCUUUCUGCAAAAGCAGUUUUGAACUGAACAAAACUCAGGUAAACAAACUGUUUACUUUUGGAGGGGAUAACUGUGGCCCAAAUAGCAACCUAUUCCCUAUAAAUUUGAUCAGAGCCCCAUAUAGGGAAUAGGGCCCUGGUCAAAAGUAGUGCACUAUAUAGGGUGCCCUUUCUGCAUGUCCACCCCCAUGCUUUGACUGGUAUCAAAAACAUUAUGAUCAUCUGCUGUAUGUUUGUAUUUAGCCUCUUAACUAAUACAUAUAUGCAGGCUAGGCUACUAUGUUGUUUUUUUUGAUAGUGCAAGAGAUCUUUUAAAUAUCUCAUAUGUAAUGUUAAAUAUAUAUUUGCACAAAAUGGCAAGGAUGUGCCUCAGUGGUCAAUAUACCUAAAAUAACAAAUCCAAGUCCUUCAAGAACCUCACCUUUUUCUGAAUCGGGGGGAAACAUUUUUAUUUAAAUAUCAACUCUUCUAUUCCUUAUUGAUAGCGGUCUGAAUGAUGUUUCCAGUCUGAAUCAUACAGGCUGCGUCUCCCUUCUCCACCGUUCAUCCCAAAGUGUAUGACGUGCGCACUUCAAGUCAUGGAUUUACAUUGCUGGAGGGAGUUUCAACCAUCUGUUAAAUCUACGACCGUUGAGCGUGCGGGUGCCCAUUGUCUGUAGAAAGGUGGAGAAUGGCGAUGUAGCCACAGGUUGUUGUAUUUCUAGGGGUCGACAGGUGGGGGGGGGGGGGGGGGGGGGGGGGUGUUAAUUCUGUACUGCAUCUACUUCACUCCAGAUGACUGAGAUUCUGUCCCAAAUGGCACCAUUUUAUUCCCUACAUAGGGCACUACUGUUGACCAGGGCUCUGGUCUAAUGUAGGGCACUACUGUUGACCAGGGCUCAUGGGGAGCCCCAUAGGGCUCUGGUCUAAUGUAGGGCACUACUGUUGACCAGGGCUCAUGGGGAGCCCCAUAGGGCUCUGGUCUAAUGUAGGGCACUACUGUUGACCAGGGCUCAUGGGGAGCCCCAUAGGGCUCUGGUCUAAUGUAGGGCACUACUGUUGACCAGGGCUCAUGGGGAGCCCCAUAGGGCUCUGGUCUAAUGUAGGGCACUACUGUUGACCAGGGCUCAUGGGGAGCCCCAUAGGGCUCUGGUCUAAUGUAGGGCACUACUGUUGACCAGGGCUCAUGGGGAGCCCCAUAGGGCUCUGGUCUAAUGUAGGGCACUACUGUUGACCAGGGCUCAUGGGGAGCCCCAUAGGGCUCUGGUCUAAAGUAGUGCAAUACGUAGGGAAUAGGGUGCCAUUUGAGAUCAGCCAAAGGCUUGUCCUGUUACUUCUGCACAGAAUUGAUGGUUAGCAUACGAUUAUAACUUCACUUCACGAAUCCAUUUUAAAGUAACUUAGGGUCAACUCAGUAGAACAUUUUAGCACGUCUCUAUAACCCUGCGGACACCCAGAUCCUGUCCAGAUUACAACCUCCCUAGCCCCCUUUCCUACCACCAGACACGGACAUGUGGAGAACUGAGGCUGUAUGUAUUAAGCGUCUUAGUAGGAGUGGCAGAUCUAGGAUCAUUCUUCUUCAUAGAUAAUUAUGACUGUUGGACAGGAGGGACCUGAUCCUAGAUCAGCUCUGCUACUCUUGAUGUUGGAUACUUUACCCUGAUUACAAUGUGAUAGGGGUUAAGCAAUAUGAUAGGAUAGGUGGAUAUGUUGCCCUAUUGCUUACACGUGGCCAAUCCUUUCCGAUCUAGGGGGUAGGUAGAGGGGGAGCCUGUUUCUGGACAGGGCCCAAAUCUCUGGUCAGGGUUUAGGAGCUCAAUCACUUUGGGGGUAGUCAGUCAGUUGUUGUUCAUUCUGUGAUGAAUAGGUUUGCACGCUUCUCUGUUACUGGACCAGUGUUUUUGAUAAAAAAGUUCAUUUAUCUUCUCUAUCUAGACUAAUUGUGAAUUCAUUUUCUGCUCGUCAGCAAAUGGUGGACAGAUUGUCAAGUUUUGCACCGUUGGCAUGCUUUGGUUUGUGUUCAUAUUUUUUUUUCCAUUUCAAAACAAAUUUUGACCAUGUACAGUAAUUUAUAAACUUGCAUCAAGUUUAUGAAUAAAGAAUUUUAAGAUUA